AUGUAUCUGAGAUCAAGUUGUUUACCCGUCAAAUUUAACUUUGAUCUCAAUCUGCGGCAUCUACGAUCAACGAGAACUUCAGCCACUACUGGCUAUGAUGAGAAUCAAGUUGGCACGACGACGCGUGUUACUCGUGCAAAGGCUGCCGCGCUCGAGCCAGGUAAACAACAGACCUCGACCGCACUCGCGUCAAAACUCGCGCCAGUAAACACGCGAAAGCGUUCGGCUCUGGGCGACGUGAGUAACGUACACAAGGAAGCAAGCAACGGCGACGACGCCAAAGGAAAAGCUGGCGUCAAAGUCGCAAAGACUGCCCUUGCCACGCACGUCAAGUCCAGGACGCGCGAUGAGCCCACAACCGGCCUACAGUCAAAGAGGGCGACUACCAACACUAUCACCACUACAACAACCACUGCAGCGUCUCGCAGAAGACGAGCUCCUCUGAAGUCACUCUCCGCUUCUCAAGUUGAGCAGCGCGCACGCGCUAGACCUCACGCGACAUCGGUGAUCGAUGAGGCUGCUGAGCCGGAAGAACUGGACUCGGAGGCCGAAAAGGAAAACGGGAGUCCGAACUCGUCGGCACAGAAAACAACGAUCGCGUCAUCAACAACUGAUGAGCAGGAGUUUGUCGAGGCACGGGAGGCGCUGGCACCUACCGAGGUUGUCGAGUGUGAUUGGGACGAUCUCGAUGCGGAGGAGAUGGAUGACCCUACGAUGGUUGCCGAGUACGUGAAUGAGAUCUUUGACUACAUGUCUGAGCUCGAGGUGCGAACGAUGCCUAAUGCACACUAUAUGGAUGAGCAGACAGAUCUGCAAUGGAAGAUGCGAGACAUCCUGAUAGACUGGCUGGUGGAGGUUCACGUCAAGUUUCGCCUUCUGCCCGAGACCCUGUUUUUGGCGGUAAACAUUGUUGACAGAUUUCUGUCGUUGCGGAUAGUCUCGCUCGACAAGCUUCAGCUUGUUGGUAUCACUGGCAUGUUUAUUGCUGCUAAAUACGAGGAGGUGUUUUCGCCGUCCAUCAGUAACUUUGUGUACGUUGCCGACAGCGGCUACACCGAGGAAGAGAUAUUACGUGCGGAGACGUUUAUUCUGCAGGUUCUGAACUAUGACCUGUCGUAUCCGAACCCGAUGAACUUUCUGCGUCGUAAUUCGAAGGCCGACAACUAUGACAUGCAGACGCGGACGGUGGCAAAGUACUUGAUGGAGAUUGGAUUGCUGGAUCAUCGGUUCUUGAAGUUCUUGCCUUCGCACACGGCGGCGACGGCUAUGUAUCUGGCGCGAAUGAUGCUUGAUCGUCCUCCUUGGGAUCGUAAUCUGGUUCAUUACUCUGGUGGAUACACUGAGGAGAAGAUCCUGCCCGUGUGCCAUUUGAUGAUUGACUAUCUUUCCAAGCCGGUUAGACAUGAUGCAUUUUUCAAGAAAUAUGCCGGCAAACGAUUUCUUAAGGCAUCGAUACUUGCACGUCAGUGGGCCAAGAGAUUUGUUGAAACGAAUCAGUUGCCAUCGGAUACGUGGCUGUCGUCUACUGCCAAUGAAGGAGAAGCGGAGAAUGGCAAUAAAGAGGAAGACGGGGCAGAAGAAGAGGGGACGACGACUGAAAAGUAG